AUGACUUGCUUUUCUUUCUUAUGUAACAGAAAAUUGGAGGCCGCUCCUAAACAUUCAGUCGAGCUUGAUGAGCUCGCUGGAUUCAAAAAUGUUAAUCUUUACUCAUACAAGGAGCUGAGAAUUGCGACCAAUGGUUUUAGUGAUAUCAAUAAAAUUGGGGAGGGAGGAUAUGGUUCUGUUUAUAAGGGAAAACUUAAGAAUGGAAGGAUGGCUGCCAUGAAGGUUCUCUCUUCUGAAUCAAGACAAGGAGUAAAAGAGUUUUUGACAGAGAUUCAAGUGAUAUCAGAUAUAGAGCAUGAAAAUUUAGUUAAGCUCUAUGGCUGUUGUGUGCAAGCCAAUCAACGGAUUCUUGUUUAUAGCUACCAAGAGAAUAACAGCCUGGCACAAACGCUUCUUGGCGGAGGUCACAGCAAUUUCGGUAUGGCAAAACUCAUCCCUCCCAACAUGACUCAUGUCAGUACACGGGUGGCCGGAACCAUAGGUUAUUUGGCACCAGAAUAUGCGAUAGGAGGUCAGUUGACGCGUAAGGCAGAUGUUUACAGUUACGGUGUUCUUCUUAUUGAAAUUGUCAGCGGGAGAUGUAACACAAACACAAGAUUACCUGCUGAUGAACAGUAUAUUCUUGAAAGGACAUGGCAACUUUACGAGAGAAAGGAAUUGGUGGCACUUGUAGACGCAUCGCUAAAUGGUGACUUUGAUGCUGAACAGGCUUGCAGAUUCUUAAAGAUCGGUCUUCUCUGCACGCAAGAAUCUCCAAAGCUUCGACCUUCUAUGUCGACUGUUGUUCAAAUGCUAACCGGUGAGAAGGAUGCCGAUGAAAAUAUGAUUAGCCAGCCGGGCUUAAUCUCUGACUUCAUGGACCUGAAAGUUCGUAGUGCCCCAGAUACCAAGCCUGAUAUCAAUAGUAAGUCUGCCUACACAUCAUAUGGCUCUGAUAAUUUGAAGAGUUCAACACUGUCCUUGGGGACUUCUUCUCAGGCCACCACCACAUUUGCUUCGGUACACGAUGGAACUGUCUAA